AUGGCCCUGAAGCGCAGAGAUGUAGUCCUCGCCGCCGUCGCCGUUUUCAUCGCCUGGGGCUAUUUGACCCACUACAGCCCCUCCCUCCGCUUCCUGCCCUACGCCUUCGUCGCCGGUGUCCUCGCGACCGUCGUCCUGCAAGCAUGGCUGAUGCUCACCACUGCUUGGGAUAAGGACCUUCGAAACGGAGGGAACGUGUAUUAUGGACCGCGCCAUGUCGCCUUCCUGGCGCCAGACAAGUGGAAGGCGGAGAAGGCAGCCCUUACGAAGCGUUCUACGUACAUGAUGGAGCCUCUAUACCCCGACUCGUUCGUCAUAUCUGACAGCUUAGACGUGCUGCUCGGAUUGAUACUACGCGACUUUGUCAAGAGCUGGUAUGGCAGCAUUAGCAAAAGUCCGACGUUUGUGAACGAAGUCGAUCGCGCUGUGCGGGCAGCCCUGGGCGAGAUACGCGACCGGUUGCUGGCGGUGGACAUGGUAGAGAUUGCCGUUUCACGAAUGAUACCUUUGAUCACGGAACACUUGAGAGCUGCGUACGAAGCAGAACGCGUGGUUCGUGGUAAAAAGCUCUCCCGCGACGUCACCGAGUCGGAGGAGCUCGAUAUAGCCAUUGCAGCCAAGUACAAGGAAGGUCGACUGCAUCCUGCAGCAUCCCUGGCAUAUUCGAAUACCAAACUCGUCCAGCAACAGCACCUCCGCAGCAUUGUCGCUCGGCUGCUGCCCAAGGUCAUGCCUCAGAACAUGACUACGAGCCCCGCUGUGAAUGUCCUGAUCAAGGAAAUUGUGGCUUGCGCCGUUCUCUCUCCCGUGAUGCAGAUGCUUGCCGAUCCAGACACAUGGAACCAGCUGAUGGAAGGAUAUGGUCGGUCUCUGCUCCAAGAACGAAAGACCGUGCGAAAGUUGCGCGCUGAAUUGGACAAGCAUGCGCCACCUUCGCCGAAGACUCCCAAGAACGUACAGUUUCCGAAGCUCGCCCCAGGUGAUAACGAGCGGAAGUUCGAAAGAUUCGUCCGAGCGAUCAGACAAACGAACACACUUGCAGAGGCUCGCCGCUUUCGGAGCGAAAUAUCUGGACAAUUGCGCAAAGACUCUAUGAUUGAAGGUCAAGAUCCAGUGCAUCUGCGUCGCUUGGAAACUGCAAGGAGAAUCUUGGAUCAGAAGAUUAAUAACUUACAGGCUGGCGGGUCGGUGCGCGGCAAAGUUGCAGCUCAAGAGAAGCCAAAGCAUAAAAGAACUACGUCGCGAUUCGAGAAUGCUUCGUUGCGCGAUGUGCUGUACGAUUCCGCGGGGCUAUCGUGCUUCAUGGAGUAUAUGGACCAAGUUGGCUUGAUGCGAUUGGUACAAUUCUGGAUAGUAGUCGAUGGGAUUCGAAACCCGCUCGAGCAAGAUACCGAUGAACCUGUUGAGCUCAGUGGCUCAUUGACUGCCUGGACUGAUUCUGACAGAACAGACAUGGCACAGAUUAACGAAGGAUAUUUGACCCAGCCGGAGCUCGACAUCCUUCCGCAAGCGCGUCAGGCUGUGACUACCUUUCUUAAAGCUGGUCGAGCUGCAACACCUGAACAAUAUCAUAAUGCGCGACGCUCACUCCUCCACGCCCAAACUGCUGUCUACGAUCGACUCCAAGAACCUCACUUUAGACGUUUCAAGCGAUCGAACCUCUACUACAAAUGGCUGGCCAUGGAUGAAGCUGCCACUGUGCAGAAAAGUGCAGUCAGCACAACGAUGGUUGCACAAACACUCGAAAACCCUUCAGCCGUUGCGUCCGCUCGGAUGGUCCGGUCGCAGUCCUCCCAGAAGAACACCAAACUAGAUAUUCCCGACCUUCGACGGGCUGUUGCAUCAUCUUCUGACCUGAAGACACUUGGGAAAGGUCUGGAUCUGGACCCACCACCACGGCGAUCUUUGGACAGUAGCGCACCUGCUCGAGCACCGCUAUUUGACGAUGACUACGACAGUGACCCAUUAGCCAAUUCUACCGCAAGUUUAGAUACCGAUGCAGGCCUCUCGCGACAGCCUAGCGAUAACACCAGAGCUGUAGAAGCACUAUCAGUUGCGAUGAACGAUAUCAUGGGUGACGAGCCUGAAGGCUCGCUCUUCUCAGAGAUUAGUACAUUAGCUUCCCCGCAAGACAACGACUCUAUGCGAGGAUCCAUGGAACUCCCACGCGCGAUUUCUCCAGGCCCUUUGGCCAUGCACGGCAAAGAUAGGCUCAAGCCGAGUAUAGCGUCUCUGGGCCUGGUGGGCGAGCCCAGGACCCGUGGUGUGUUCAUCGACGAUCUUUUCGGCGAUGAAGAGAAGUUUCUGGAAGACGAAACGGAGGAUCCGCAUCGUGCUGCUGAAGAGGAAGACAUACAUGAGGCUGCCCCUGGUGAUCUUGGCUUAGCGGAGGCCAUCGAUGCGCUGACAGCGGACAUCGAGCGUUUAGUCACGCAAGAAUCUAUCGUGGACUCGUUGACUUCCAAAGCAGAGCUGACGAACAAUGCUGCUGAGCUACGCAUCUUACGAAAGUCCAAGUCUAGUCUCCAACGCGAGAUUCAUCGAAAGGAGCUACAAAGGCAGCAAUAUAUUGUCCAAGAGAGUGACAACAGCUUGUAUGGCCGUGCGACUGUGUUCAUUCAGUCGAUUAUGGUGGGUACAGAGCCAGAUGGGAAGGAGUUCGCAAUGUAUGUCAUCGAAGUACGAAAGCGUGCCGGUGAUCAGAUGCCCGCCGCUGCAUGGGUAGUCUCGCGGAGUUUCCUCAAGUCCGUAACCUGGAGUUCCCCUCGGCGGCAGAUGAUGUUGAAGCUGCAAAAGGAUUUCUUGCAGAAGCGGAGAUUGGGUUUGGAAAAGUAUCUUCGCGACCUGCUGUUGAUUCCAGCUGUGUGCCGCAGUCGAGAAUUCCGCUCCUUCCUCUCCCAAGCCGCAAUUUCCGCCUCAGACCCUGCAUCAAGCCAACCGACCUCCAACGACUUUGUAUCUCGUAUCUAUAGCUCUGUGGCAGAUGGCAUGGAAGAAUUUCUUGGCAACAUUCCUGUUCUAGACCAGCUCUCUGUGGCCGGUCAAAACCUCAUCUCAGCAGCCACCACUCAGCUCGCCAACAGCAAUGGAACCCCUGUUGCCCCUCUUGCAGCAGGGGCUGUUCUUGGUGUUGAAACAACCACCGAUGCAGAAGCCGAAGCCGAGUUACUCGCGUUCGAGAACAAGGAACUGGAGCCUUUUGUGAAGCCCAUUUGCGACAUCUUUCUUGAGACAUUCGAACUCAACCGCGAGAAUAAUUGGCUUCGCGGUCGCGCCGUCGUAGUCGUUCUCCAUCAACUCCUCGGCGGCACUAUUGAGCGCAAAGUCCGAGAUUCGUUUAACACCGUUAUGUCAGAAGACAACAUUGCCAAGUACAUCGACACACUGAAGGAUAGCAUGUGGCCAAAUGGGCAGAUGAAGCAAAGUGUGGAACGUACAGCACAGGACCGAGCGAAGAGCAGGAAGGAGGCAGGUGUGCUGCUUUCGACGUUGGUCCCAGAACUAGCAGCGAGUGUAGUGGGGAGGUCAAAUGCGCAGAUGGCGGCGAAGAAGUUGGAGGCGACGGUGAACAACCCCCCGCUUGAAUACGCAUCUUGCUUUCACGCUUUUGGAUGA